CUUCCUUUCUGUCCCCGCACCUCCUCCUCCUCCUCUUCUUCUGCCAACAUCCCCGGCGUCCCGGGCUCACUUGCAAAUGGAUUUGCCCGCGAGCCACUGCAAAAAAGUCAAGCUGAGCAACAAAGUGCAGAGUUGGGGAAUGCAGAGAGCUACCAAUGUCACCUACCAAGCCCACCAUGUCAGCCGCAAUAAGAGGGGUCAGGUAGUAGGCACCAGAAGUGGCUUUCGGGGCUGCACAGUAUGGCUAACAGGUUUGUCUGGAGCUGGGAAGACCACAGUUAGCAUGGCACUGGAGGAAUAUCUCGUGUGCCAUGGCAUUCCAUGCUAUACCCUGGAUGGUGACAACAUCAGACAAGGCCUGAAUAAGAAUCUAGGAUUCUCACCAGAAGACAGGGAAGAAAAUGUCCGCCGGAUUGCUGAGGUUGCCAAGUUGUUUGCAGAUGCUGGCUUGGUGUGCAUCACAAGUUUUAUUUCUCCUUAUGCCCAGGACCGCAACAAUGCAAGGCAAAUUCACGAAGUGGCAAGCCUGCCUUUCUUUGAAGUAUUUGUGGAUGCUCCAUUGUACGUUUGUGAGCAGAGAGAUGUGAAAGGCCUCUACAAAAAAGCUCGUGCUGGAGAAAUUAAAGGUUUUACUGGUAUUGACUCAGAGUAUGAGAAACCUGAAGCCCCUGAGCUGGUACUCAAAACGGAUUCCUGUGAUGUCAAUGACUGCAUUCAGCAAGUUGUGGAACUUCUGCAAGAGAGGGACAUUGUACCAGUGGAUGCCUCUUACGAGGUUAAGGAGCUGUAUGUGCCUGAAAACAAACUUAAAUUGGCCAAAACAGAUGCAGAGUCUUUACCUGCCCUGGAAAUAAAUAAGCUGGAUAUGCAGUGGGUGCAAGUCCUGGCGGAGGGUUGGGCAACACCGCUGAAUGGCUUUAUGAGAGAGAGAGAAUACUUGCAGUGCCUUCAUUUUGACUGCCUGCUUGAUGGGGGAAUCAUUAACCUGUCAGUGCCUAUAGUGUUGACAGCCACAACGGAAGACAAGGAGAGGCUGGAUGGCUGCACAGCUUUUGCUCUGCUGUAUGACGGUCGCCGUGUGGCUAUCCUCCGCAAUCCAGAGUUCUUUGAGCACCGGAAAGAGGAACGCUGCGCCCGGCAAUGGGGGACAACGUGCAAAGACCACCCUUACAUCAAGAUGGUCAUGGAACAAGGGGAUUGGCUUGUGGGGGGUGAUCUCCAAGUCCUCGAUCGCAUUUACUGGAAUGAUGGCCUUGACCAAUACCGUCUCACACCUGCAGAACUAAAGCAGAAGUUCAAAGACAUGAAUGCUGACGCCGUCUUCGCCUUCCAGUUGCGCAACCCUGUGCACAGCGGACAUGCCCUGCUAAUGCAAGAUACUCAUAAGCAGCUUCUGGGUCGAGGUUACAGGCGCCCAGUCCUCCUUUUGCAUCCUCUGGGGGGUUGGACAAAGGACGAUGAUGUUCCUCUGUCGUGGCGAAUGAAACAACACGCAGCGGUCCUGGAGGAAGGGAUACUGAACCCAGAAACAACUGUGGUGGCCAUAUUUCCUUCUCCCAUGAUGUAUGCUGGACCAACUGAGGUUCAGUGGCAUUGCAGGUCGAGGAUGGUAGCUGGAGCAAACUUCUACAUUGUGGGUCGAGAUCCUGCCGGCAUGUCUCAUCCGGAGACUGGAAAAGAUCUCUACGAUCCAACCCAUGGUGCCAAAGUGCUGACUAUGGCGCCAGGCCUGAUAACGCUGGAAAUCGUACCCUUCAGAGUGGCAGCUUAUAACAAGAAAAAGAAAUGCAUGGAUUACUAUGACUUGGAACACCACGAAGACUUCGAAUUCAUUUCAGGAACUCGCAUGCGCAAGAUGGCUCAGGAAGGACAAAAUCCUCCUGAAGGCUUCAUGGCUCCCAAAGCAUGGACCGUGCUGAAAGAGUAUUACAAAUCCUUGGAAAAGGCUUAGGCUACUUAUUUGUUGCAGAUCAGCCUUUUGACGUUUGAUUUAUUAGCAAGAAGGAGGACCACACAAUCGCCGUUUUGGUGCUGCUUUGUUGUCAUGUCUGUCAGGAAGCAUUUCCUCUAAAAAACACCAGGCCCUUUCUCCUUAACUUAGCAUCGUUUUCUGCUUCUCUUAUGGGUUCCAUUACUUAUUGGCACCUAACAAACUGCUGGUUCUAAUGUCUUCUAUUUUUAUUACAGUUGAUAUUCUUGCAGUAAGUUUUCUAAACCUCGUCUUUCUAAAAACAUUAUUAUACCUCUGUGCCCUGCAGUUCUCUGUGCUGCUGAAACACUUCCCCUCCCUCCUUCCACAUUAUUUAAUAUAUCUCAUGUCUUUUUCUGUGUGGGUAUGUUGCUCUUCAUAGUUUACAGGCUAAAUAUUUCAGUUUGAUUAUACCAGCUAGAUAUAGGUGCUAAAUCGAAUCAAAACGAAAAAGAUUUUUAAAAAGAUACUAACCUUGUACUUUUCAGCCAGUGCUCUUUGAAGUUCUUGUAUGGAAUCUCCAGAAUAGACUACACUGUAUUGCAAAUUAAACUUUCUGUACCAAAUCUG